AUGUGGUCAAAAUACAAUAGUGACGAAAGGUGUGCAGUAAAUCUACAGACGUGGUUCAUCGUCGGUCAACUAGACAACCACGGUGGCGCGCAUCGAGAAUCCUUGUGGGACACGCUUUCUGACGUGCCGACCGCGACCGCGUUUCAUGGAGCAUGCGACACGGGUCAGGAACAAGAACGACCGCGUCGUCUCGUCCCGUGUGUUCAAGGAUGUGGCCGUGAAUCCGCCAACCGGGGGCGCCAGCAGAACGCUCACGAUUCUUCCACGGAGCGCUCGGUGCCAGACGCUGCGGUUGCGUCGUCGUGGAUUUUUCUUGAUGGCGGUGGGUGCGUGGUGGCGGCUGACUACUGGGCAGGAACACUGGACAGAGGUAUGAAUGAGUCACUCACAAAUGCGGUCUGCGAGCACCCGACCCCACAUCUAUGCCAGCCCAUUGGCCGAACUUUGUCCGCCAAACAGCGACUCAAGAGCUCUCAAUCCAACGGCAAUUUAUCCCCACGACGACAAUUCCGCUCCUGUGCCGGCCUCGACGAUCAAGCAGGCGACUCAAUUGACCCACGACCAUCAUGGCGACCGAGACAGCUUCCGAUGCGCGUCAACAUUGCAGAAGCAACCCGCGAGGAGAUGAGCGAGGCUCGCCUCCCUCACGCCUACAGAGAUAGCUGCGCCCACCUCCUGAUUCCCCUGAACAGGUGCCGCAAAUCGACGUGGUACGCCCCGUGGAAGUGCGAGUACGUCGAGUUCAAGAAGCGAGUCGCCAAGAUGGACGAGCUGCGAGAGUCCAAGGAAGGCGCCCGCAGCAACUGA